AUGAAUUUGAGGCUGGAAUUGACCAAGCUGUUGAACUUAUGUUUCGUGUUUGCCUCGGCUUACAUGUUCUGGGAGGGACUCUCCCUCGUGGCGAACACACACUCGCCAAUUGUGGUUGUGUUGUCCGGGUCGAUGGAGCCCGCGUUCCAGAGGGGAGAUAUCUUAUUCCUAUGGAACAGAAAUGAGCAAUCGAAAGUCGGGGACGUCGUCGUAUACGAAGUCGCAGGCAAGAACAUCCCGAUCGUCCACAGAGUGCUUAGAGAACAUCACAGUAUAGCCGACCCAUCGAAACAGGUCCUGCUCACAAAGGGUGACAACAACGCGGGCAACGACAUUCCACUGUACGCCAACAGGAAACUGUACCUGAACAAACAGAAAGAUAUCGUGGGCACCGUCAAGGGAUACUUCCCACAGCUGGGCUACAUCACUAUCUGGGUCUCGGAGAACAAGUACGCCAAAUUUGCUCUGCUUGGGUUUUUGGCACUGUCCUCUCUAGUGGGCGGCGAGUGA